AUAGAUUAGUAGUAGAUGGCGGGAUAUGAAUUGUAGAAGGGCUAAAAGAAAAGCUUCACUAAGUUGGAUUUCGACGCCGGCGGUGAGGAUCCGCAAUGGCGUACUUGAGCAUGGGUGAGGCCCACAGAAGAAUAACCGAAUAUCUCAACCGUUUCUCCGACGCCGUUUCAUACCAAAACGGAGUUUCCUUCAAAUCUCUAUUCGCCCUUUCCUCCAACUCCCACUUCCUUCUCUCUCUCUCUGAUGCCCUCGCUCUCUACAACGACGCCAAUAGACUUAUCAAUCAGAACCAAAACUACUCUCACUUCUCUGAUAUCAUUCUUCCUCUUUUCCGAUCACUUCAACACUAUAAACAGGGCAAUUUCGUCGAAGCAUAUAACGCUUUUGAAAAAACCGCCAAUGCUUUUGUUCAGGAGUUUCGUAAUUGGGAAUCUGCGUGGGCUCUUGAAGCUUUGUUUGUCAUUGUUUAUGAGAUUAGGGUUCUUGCUGAAAAGGCUGACAGACAAUUGGCUUCAAAUGGAAAAUCUCCCGAGAAGUUGAAAGGUGCUGGUUCUUUACUCAUGAAAGUUUUUGGCAUCCUUGCGGGAAAAGGUGCUAAGCGUGUUGGAGCAUUGUACGUAACUUGUCAGUUAUUCAAGAUUUACUUUAAGCUUGGUACAGUUCACCUUUGCCGCAGUGUAAUAAGAAGUAUUGAAACUGCACGCAUAUUUGAUUUUGAGGAAUUCCCAAAAAGAGACAAGGUCACUUACAUGUACUAUACUGGUCGUCUCGAAGUUUUCAAUGAAAAUUUUCCUUCUGCUGAUUCUAAAUUAUCGUAUGCCUUGAAGCACUGCAAUCCACAACAUGAAGCCAAUAUAAGGAUGAUUCUUAAAUAUCUAAUUCCAGUGAAGCUUUCCAUAGGCAUAUUACCUAACCACAGGCUCUUGGAGAAGUACAAUCUACUUGAGUACGGUAAUAUUGUACAAGCACUAAAAAGGGGUGAUCCUCGGCUUCUUCGGUGUGCACUACAAGAUCACGAGGACUGGUUCUUGAGAUCAGGUGUAUAUCUUGUCCUAGAGAAGGUAGAACUUCAAGUAUACCAGAGAUUAGUCAAGAAGAUUUACAUCAUUCAAAAGCAGAAAGACCCAAGCAAAGCUCACCAGGUGAAGUUGGAGGUUAUUGUCAAAGCAUUGAAAUGGCUUGAAAUUGACAUGGAUGUGGAUGAGGUAGAGUGUAUAAUGGCGAUACUGAUAUACAAGAAUCUUGUGAAAGGUUACUUUGCCCACAAAAGCAAGGUGGCUGUAUUGAGCAAGCAAGAUCCCUUCCCCAAGUUAAAUGGAAAACCGGUCAAUUCAUAGGGAUUGGAGUGUCACUCAUUUUUCUAAAUUAGAGAGGUGGAAGAAAGUCUGGUAAUAUAGCAUGAUAAUUUUGUGAGAGGUUUCUCGGCCAUAAGUUUAUUGUAUUGAAUGUUCGGGAGUUCCCUCGAAUGUGUUCUAGUUGUUGAAAUAUCAUAGCACUGCUCCAAUUUCAAAGAAAGCUACUGUCUUGUGAAGAUAAUACUAAUUCUUACAAAUUGGAUUAUAGUUUAGUUUCCGCUUGUAGGUUUGUAUGCUUCAUAAGGGCUACCAAUAGGAGUGAAAGACAUUGACCUAGUUGCAAUAACCUGUUUUUUUAGCUCAGAUAUUUUUACUGUUGACAUUGUUAUUAUUAUUCUUGUUAGCUAUUGAGUCAUAUUAAAGUGAUUAACUAUUCAUGACCUUAUGGAAUAACAUUAUUCAUAAAUGUUUAGUUAAUUAAAUUUUUACAUUUAUGCAAAAGCAUGAAGAAGAGAUUGCAAAAG